GUAUCUCCCUGCCUGCCAGUGUUGUCCCGGUUGUUGUUCAACAGUGACUCUGACCUGCUGGCAGAUGCCUGCUGGGCUCUUUCCUACUUAUCCGAUGGUCCCAACGAGAAAAUUCAAGCAGUUAUUGACUCGGGGGUGUGUCGGCGACUGGUGGAGCUGUUAAUGCACAAUGACUACAAAGUGGCCUCCCCAGCUUUGCGAGCGGUCGGCAACAUCGUGACGGGGGACGACAUCCAGACCCAGGUCAUUCUGAACUGCUCAGCCUUGCCUUGUCUCCUUCACUUGUUGAGUAGUCCCAAGGAGUCCAUCCGGAAAGAGGCCUGCUGGACUAUAUCCAACAUCACGGCCGGAAACAGGGCACAGAUACAGGCAGUCAUCGAUGCCAACAUCUUCCCGGUGCUGAUAGAGAUCCUGCAGAAGGCAGAAUUCCGCAUGAGGAAAGAGGCAGCGUGGGCUAUCACCAACGCGACGUCGGGAGGAACUCUGGAACAGAUCAGGUACCUGGUCAACCUGGGGUGCAUCAAGCCCCUGUGCGACCUGCUGACCGUCAUGGACUCCAAGAUCGUUCAGAUGGCGUUGAACGGGCUGGAGAACAUCCUGAGGCUGGGAGAGCAGGAAGCCAACCAGAGCGGGACGGGCAUCAACCCCUACUGCAGCCUGAUUGAGGAGGCCUAUGGUUUGGAUAAGAUAGAGUUCCUACAGAGCCACGAGAACCAGGAGAUCUACCAGAAGGCCUUUGACCUGAUCGAGCACUACUUCGGAGUUGAGGAUGACUCCGCUCUCGCUCCCCAGGUCGAUGAGAACCAGCAGCAAUUCAUCUUCCAGCAACCUGAGGCCCCCAUGGAAGGUUUCCAGCUAUAA